AAGGGUAAUUCAGUAUAAGACCCUUCUCUAUAUUUCUCCCAUAAUCUGAAACCCUAACACUGCUGCUGUUCAUACUCCAAGCUCCAUCUCCUCCUACACGCAGCCGCCGUUUCUGCAAUUUUGAAGAAUCCAAAAUGGUGAGAAUUAGCGUUUUGAAUGAUGCUCUUAAGAGCAUGUAUAAUGCCGAGAAGAGAGGUAAACGACAGGUUAUGAUCCGGCCGUCGUCUAAAGUUAUCAUCAAGUUUCUUAUGGUGAUGCAGAAGCAUGGGUAUAUUGGUGAAUUUGAGUAUGUUGAUGACCACAGAUCUGGAAAAAUUGUGGUGGAACUUAACGGGAGGCUGAACAAAUGUGGUGUCAUCAGUCCUCGUUUUGAUGUUGGAGUCAAAGAGAUUGAAGGAUGGACUGCUAGGCUGCUUCCGUCAAGACAGUUUGGCUAUAUUGUGCUGACAACAUCCGCUGGUAUCAUGGAUCAUGAAGAAGCUAGGAGAAAGAACGUUGGAGGCAAAGUCCUCGGUUUCUUUUAUUGAUAAGUGCUUUCGGGGAUAAUUUUUGGCCUACUUCUUUACAGUGUUUGUGUUUUUACUAUUUUGUACUUGAGGUAAUCCUUUGUUUUACCAUUUGAGAUUAUGCCAAGUACCAUUUGAGAUUUUGAGUAGUUUAAAUCUUGAUUUUAGAUUAUGUUUUAAGUCCCAUUUGAGAUUUGAGUAGAAAAUUUUUCCUGUUAA